AAAGGCCGGACCGCCAUGGCCUCGGGGAGAGCCCUAAGGUGGGCCGUGCGGGCCCCCGACGUGAUCUUCCUGCUGCUCUGGUUGGAUUUCAUCCGCUGUGAUUCCAAAGUAAUAUAUGGAGCCCUGCACAAGAAUGUAACUUUACGUGCCUCAAGCUCUCAAACCUUUCAGGAAAUCAUAUGGAAGAAGGGAAAAGAUAAAGCUGUUGAAUGGGAAGAGCAAUACAAUGUCACAGCUUUCCCGCCUUUUGUAGAUAGGGUUCACUUAAACACUGGGUCGGGCGUCACCAUCUACAACCUGGCCUUCGAAGAUGAAGGUGACUAUCAAAUUGAAUCUCCCAGUGUCAAAAACAGCAGCAAGUUCAUCCUCAAGGUGGUUGAGCCUCUUCCAGAGCCAGAACUAUAUUGCGAGUCGACUGAGGGGAAUAUUAGCGUCCGAUGCCUGAUCCUUGCAGCUUCCUUGAGGCACACAGACCUCAUACAGUACUCUUGGAAUUGCCCUCCAACAGUAUCGUGUCAAGCUGGCUUAGGACCAUCUGAAAUGUAUAUUACCAAGGAAUCUGAUUUUUCACAGGACGUCCAGUGCAUCAUUAGCAAUCCAUUAUUCAAAAGUUCAGCAUCAGCCUCUUUGUCAUCCUGCGCCCCCACUGAUAAUACAAGGCAUAGAUAUGUGCUUGUCGCAGUACUGCCAGCGGUGAUAGUUGCCUUGGUACUUUUAAAAUGGUUUCUGGUGCGUCGUAGCGGAUAAACCCACAGAACCAGCAUCCACUGGUUGGUAACAGAAGGGAAAACCAAGCCCUUGGUAAUAACUAAGUUAUUUCAGCAACUCCGAGAAGACAUCUGAUUUACCAUCCGAGUGUUACCUUAUUACCGAUGCCUCCAGUCGUUCACUGGUAGGCCACGAGGGAGG